CUCCUCCCACAGCAAUAAAUGCUGGAAUAUCUCCUUCAGUUUACAAGUGCAGACAAGCAUCAAAUCAUCAGAAGAGCUGAAAUCUGUAAAGACUGAGUUUAUUAAAGAGGACAGAGAGAAGAUAAGCGAUCCAGAACCCGGCAGAAUCAAACACACUGAAGAUACUCAAGAACUAACAGAGCUGAUCGAGGAGAACGAGGAGAAUGGAGAACUGAGUAAAGUGGAGGAGAAACACCAUGAUAAACCUGGAGAAAAACCUGUGAGUCACUCAAAGACUAAAAAUAAUUUUUUAAAGACAAGAGGAGUCAAGAAAUCUUUCAUCUGCACUCAGUGUGGAAAGAGUUUCACACAAAAACAAAAUCUUGAUGGUCACAUGAGAGUUCAUACUGGAGAGAAACUGUUUACAUGUGAUCAAUGUGGGAAGAGUUACCUACGAUCAUCAAACCUUAAGAGACACAUGAGUAUCCACACUGGUGAGAAACCAUACUCUUGUGAUCAGUGCGGAAAGACAUGCGUAUACAAAGAAAAUCUUAAGAGUCACAUGAGAGUUCAUACUGAAGAGAAACCGUUCACAUGUGAUCAAUGUGGGAAGAGUUACCCACGAUCAUCAGACCUUAAGAGACACAUGAGUAUCCACACUGGGGAGAAACCAUACUGUUGUGAUCAGUGCGGAAAGACAUUCGUAUACAAAGGAAAUCUUAAGAGUCACAUGAGAGUUCAUACUGAAGAGAAACCAUUCACAUGUGAUCAAUGUGGGAAGAGUUUCACACAAUCAUCACAACUUAAGAGACACAUGAGUAUCCACACUGGGGAGAAACCAUACUCUUGUGAUCAAUGUGGGAACAGUUUCAGUGGAUCAGGAAACCUUAAAGUACACAUGAGAAUCCACACGGGAGAGAAACCAUUCAUGUGUGAUCAAUGUGACAAAACAUUUCAUAGGGCAUCAGGCCUGAAGAUGCACAUCCUGGUUCAUACAAAGGAGAAGCCACAUUCGUGUUCUGAAUGUGGAAAGAGAUUUAAACAUAAGCAAAUGUUACAGGUACAUCAGAAAAUACAUACUGGUGUGAGAGAUUACAUGUGUUUUGAGUGUGAAAAGAUGUUCAUGUCAGCAUCCGGUUUAAAACUGCAUGAGAUGAUUCACACUGGAGAAAAACCUUACACAUGUAAUCAGUGCAGAAAGAGUUUCAGACAAAAGUCAUCUCUUAAGUCUCACAUGAGAGAUCACAUCAUAGAGGAGCUGCCCACGUGUGAAUAGUUUACCUAAAUUGAAAAUGAAAUUCUGUCAUUAAUUACUAACCUUCUUGUCCAAACCCAUGAGAUCCUCAUUCAUCUUCACAUGAAUGAGGAUCCAUGUUACAUCAGUGGUACAAUUGUAAUUUUACAAAGCUAUGAGAAAGAAAUGUUUUGUGUGUGUGCAAAGAAAACUAAAAUGUGGACAAAGGAUUUAUGGAUUGGGAAUGGCAUGAGGGUUAAUAAUGACAGAAUUUUAAUUUUUGGGUGAACUAACCUUUUAAGGGUUAGGAAACAUUAUAUGGUGCACCUUCUGGAGCACUCAGGUUGUUCUGGGAAUUUUUAGGUGACUGUUACUUUAGGAUUUUCCCUCUAGGUCUCUAUACAGCAUUGCCAUAACGUUUAAAGGACAUAGAGUAUUAUUUCUUUGCUAGUCUUUAUGUCCUCCCAUCAUGUUUACUGAAUGUGCUAAAGAACCUUUAGUAACAUUACAGAGAACUGCAGGACUUAUUUUACGAUGGCACUUGGUCUGCAGAACCAUAAUCAAGCAUAAGCACUGUCAUGCUUAACUAGGUGUAGAUGUAAUGAUGCACCUCGAGCCAUUUGAAAAUUGAUUCAAAUAUUUAAUGAUUCUAAUUGGUUGAGAUGCUAAAUAAAUUGUGAAACAUCUGAGGGUAGGAGUUUAUAUGAAUGUAUCUCUGAGGGGAACUGACUGUCUUUAGAAAGGUUUAGAUUGCAUUUUCUUUUAAUCUUGUCUAUAAAUGACGCAUAUUUGAAGUAGUGUUCAUAAGUGCAGCACUACUUUGUUUACAGCGGUACCCCAGGAAAAUCUGUAUCGCUGCUGUUCAUAAGCGCCACCUGCUGGCAGAGAGUGAUUUUGCAUCUCAUUCAGCUCAUCUGCUGUUUGUUUCGUGCAGAUAUUUUUUAUGAAUAGUUCCACAUAAUAGAAGACCACAGGCAAAGCCUUAGUUUGCUUUUAUGAAGAGACUUAUUUUAUUUGUGUUACUUAUUAGAUUUUUUUCUUUUUAAUUGCUAAUUUAGUUUUGUUAUUUCAGUUUUACAAAGAAACUUGCAGCAUUUUGUUCAAGCAAUAGCCUAAUAAUAGGACAACUUUUGAUUUACUGUUUAAUUUUUCUCAUAUUUUAAAAGAAAUCUUGAAUUGUCAAAUAAAAAACGGGAAUUGUAUGAUAUCAUGAGCUGAAUAAAUGAUUACGUUACUUUGCUUAACACAUAUACAGUGGGUAUGUGCAUCUGUGUGUCUAUACUGUCCAUAUUCAGGAGGUGCUGAAAGUUGUUUAUCUGCUGCCUGAAAAUAACA